AUGGCCUCAAAGACGUACUCCCUUCCCCCGCUCCCGUAUGCGUAUGAUGCUUUGGAGCCCAGCAUCUCCAAGCAGAUCAUGGAACUGCAUCACACCAAGCACCACCAGACCUAUAUCACGAACCUUAACAAGGCCCUUGAGGCAUCAACCAAGGCUCAGUCGGAAGGUAAAUUGCAGGAUGCUGCGGCUCAGCUGUCGGCCAUCCGUUUCAACGGUGGCGGUCACAUCAACCAUUCGUUGUUCUGGGAAAGUCUAGCGCCUUCCUCCUCUCCCGACUCGAAGCUUGAUGCCGCCCCUAAGCUCUCCAGUGCUAUCAAGGACACCUGGGGUAGCUUCGACAAGUUCAAAGAAGUUUUCGGAACCGCCCUACUGGGCAUCCAGGGGAGUGGCUGGGGUUGGCUCGUCAAAGAAGCCGUCACCGGUCAGCUCCGCAUUGUGACUCUCGCGAAUCAGGAGGCGGUUGUCGUAGGCGACACUCCCCUCCUCGGCGUAGAUAUGUGGGAGCAUGCCUAUUAUCUUCAGUAUCUCAACGGGAAGGCGGCCUACGUCGAGAACAUCUGGAAGGUGAUCAACUGGAAGACUGCCGAGGCGCGUUACGCUGGAAGUAGAGAUGACGCUUUUGAGGUACUCAAGGCCAAUAUGUAA